AAUCAAGAUCAGCUGCAAAUAGAACUUAAAGUCAGUAUAGUAAAGGAAUCACGACCAGUGAUACUAGAUUUGGCCUUUUUUUUUCUAGACAUGAUAAAGUUAUUACCAAGCAUUCUUUCCUUCCUUGAAAUAGUGGAAUUUGUUCUAGGAUAUUUUUCCAACAGCUUCAUAGCACUGGUGAACUGCACUGACUGGGUCAAGAGACAAAAGCUGUCCUACACUGACCGAAUUCUCACUGCUCUGGCGGUUUCCAGAAUUAUUUUGCUGUGGGUAACAGUAUUCAAUUGGUAUGAAACUGUGUUUGAUCCAGCUUUCUGUAAUUCAGAAUUAAGAGUUAUUGUUCAUAUUGCCUGGGUAGUAAGCAACCAUUUUAGCCUCUGGCUUGCUACUAGCCUCAGCAUAUUUUAUUUGCUCAAGAUAACUAAUUUCUCCUGCUUUUCUUUCCUUCACCUAAAACGGAAAGCUAAAAGAGUGGUUGUCAUGAUGCUGUGGUGGUCUUUGGUCUUCUUGAUUUGUCAUCUUGCAUUGGUAAGUGCAGAUGAAAAAAUGCAGAUGAAUGAAUAUGAAGGAAACGUCACUUGGGUAACCAACUUGAAGAACAUUGUACAUCUUGCACAUGUGACUGUAUUAACGUUUGUAUACUUCAUACCAUUUACUAUAUCCUUGACAGCUUUUGUGCUGUUAAUCUUCUCCCUGUGGAAACAUCUCAAGAGGAUGCAGAUCAGUGGGAAAGGAUCCCAAGAUCCCAGCUCCAAGGUCCAUGUAAGAGCCAUGCAAACUGUGAUCUCCUUUCUUUUGCUAUUUGUCAUUCACGUCCUGACUCAAAUGAUCAGAGUUUGGAGUUCUAUUACUCUGCCAAACAAUUCAGUUCUCAUGCUUUUCCAGGUUCUUGGCAUCUUGUAUCCUUCAGGCCACUCACUGAUCCUGAUUUGGGAGAACAAGAAGCUGAGACUGGCCUUUCUGUCUUUUCUGUGGAAGCUGAGGUGCUGGAUGAAAAAAAGGAAAUAA